AGAGACAAUGGAAGCACAGGUGCCGGAGCUUCCUAUAGGGCCUCUGGGCGAGCUGCCCCUACAGGUGCCCCACACACAGGAGCCCCUGCCUGAGGAUGCAGACCCUGCAGCGGCCCCCACCAUGCACACUCUCUAUGUGGGCCACCUGAACCCCCAGUUCUCCACACCAGUGCUCACUUGCUUGCUGCGAGACACCCUGGAGCGGCUCGAGGUGCCUGUGGCACGGGAGCACAUUGAGGUGGUGCGGCGGCCUCGGAAGGCCUAUGCAGUUGUGCAGGUGGCCACCCCAAAGUCCACCCUGGCCUCGCUGCCCUCACGCCUGCAGGUGGCCUCAGAGGAGCACCUGAUCCUCAAGGAGCUGGCGGCCCGAGGGAAAGAGCUGGUGGUGACUGAGGGCCGGAAGCCCUCUCACCGAAGAGAGGAGGAAGACUGCGGCCUGAGACUGGGCCCCAGCGCUGGCGCUAGCCCGGACCACAGUGGGAGGUCGUUGGUCCCACCCACAGAGACCCCGCCCAGCCUGUCCUGGGCCUCUCAGAGACCGGGGGUCCACCAAAACCGGCCCAGCGGCGCGCGCUCCGACAGCGCCAUCGUGCACCAGGAGAUCCUGGGCCAGGAGAGGCUCUUCCAGGGCGCCUUCCUGGGCAGCGAGACACGCAACGUGGAAUUCAAGCGCGGUGGCGGCGAGUACCUGAGCCUGGCGUUCAAGCACCACGUGCGGCGCUACGUGUGCGCCUUCCUCAACAGCGAGGGCGGCAACUUGUUUGUGGGUGUCGAGGACAGCGGCCUGGUGCAGGGCAUCCGCUGCAGCCACCACGACGAGGACCGAGUGCGCCUGCUGGUGGACUCCAUCCUGCAGGGCUUCAAGCCCCAGGUCUUCCCAGACGCCUAUGCCCUCACUUUCAUCCCCGUGAUCAGCAUCUCCGCCACCAGCGUCCCCCUCAAGGUGAUCCGUCUGCGCGUGCACCCGCCCAAGGCCCAGAGCGAGCCGCAGCUCUACGAGACCGACCAGGGGGAGGUGUUUCUGCGGCGCGACGGGAGCAUCCAGGGCCCGCUGUCCGGCAGCGCCAUCCAGGAGUGGUGCAGGCAGAAAUGGAUGGCAGAACUAGGCAAACUGGAAGAGAAGGUGAAGGUGUUGACGGUGGAGAGGGAGCAGCUCCAGCGGCAGCUGAAGCAGCACUGGCUGACCUCCUGCACCUGCUGUGUCCUGUGAGGCACGCGAGCCAGGGCGGGAGGGGCC